AAAAAACCCAAACGAGAUUGGACCUGACGUUUUGGACCCAUCCUAGAAUUAAGCCCAACUCAGUCUCAAACAUUCUUAAUUGGGCUACUACUCUCUGAAGCAAGCUUCAAAAUGGUUGCUUGAUGCUAAAAGCACUUCAAUAGCACAGCCCUCCAUUUAUCUAUUCCCGUUUCUCCCUAACGUCGGACUUCCAACUCUCAAGGAUCAAGCUUUUCUUUAAGAUGGGAGUGAGGGAGAUUUAAAUGAGAAGGUUGUUGGACUUCUGAUAUAAAAUGGGCAAUUGGAGGAAUCGUCGACCGCGUAGAUUUUUCUACCGCCAAUAUAAAGAUCCAGCAUCAUCUUACUACGACCCGGAAGAACCUACUCCUUAUCCAGGAAUGGUAGGUUUGAGUAGAGACCUAAACUGAUUCACUCCCCACCCCUUUUCUAGAGUUUGCUGAGGAUGGUGUACCUUCAUGGGAGAAGAAGUUCUGUUCUUUGAUCGGAUCAGUACCAUGGCAGAAGAUUGUAAAUGUUAAGAAGUUCAUGUACUGCCAUGGCAAUGUACUGAACUGGGAUGAUUCAGCUGGAGAAGAGGCAUUUCAAAAUGCGAAAAAGCGAUUUUGGGCAGAGAUCAAUGGCCUUACUUCUGAAAUCUCUCUUCCUGAUCCAGAUAAAUAUGUUGACAAUAUUGACUGGAAUCCUGAUAUUGAUCCUGAACUGAUCACGGACUUAGAGCUCUCAUUUUUUGCUCCUAAUGAGGGAGAAAAAGAAGGAAAAGUAGAGCAAAAGAACAAAAAGUUCAGGGACUAUGUGGCUGUUCCUUCAGAAGGAUGGAACAAAAAUUCUGGUGAAAAUAUAACCACUUGGAAAUGUGACUAUAACAUGCAAAGUAGUGUAGCUUUGAAAGAUAAAGGACAGUGCUGGAACCAGUGGCAUCCAAGUACUGAUAAUCCAAAAAAUUUAAUUAAUGGUGAUAAGCCAUCGAAUCAUUCAUUUGCUCAGGGAAAUGAAGCUGAAAAGAGCAACACAUGGGGAGAUGAUAAUAAAUUAUGGAGAGAGAACCACAAUGGAAACCAUGGCAAAGAGCUGAAAGAUUGGGAUAAUAAUGCAAGUCAUGACAAUAACCCCUGGGAGUGCAGCUUUUCUCAGAGAAGUGAAGGUAUGAAAGGCAAUGCAUGGGGAGAUUGCAGUGAUAAAGCAUGGGGAUGGAGCCACAGUGCAAAUCAAGUCAAUCAGUCAAAGGACUGGGAUAGUGGUUACAAUCCUUGGAAGUGCAGCAGUGAGGGCGUUGUACAUGCUAGGGAGAAAAAACAAGGCAAUCAUUCUUGGGCUAAUAAUCCACCUGAGACAGGAACUUCCAGGCAAAGCAACUUUUCUCAGGGCAGUGGAAGUCUGAAAGAUAGACAAUGGAGAGGUUGGAAACGGUGGGACAAUCACUACAGAGAGCCUAAAGAUUUGGAACUUAGACAAGUGGAUGGUGGUUGGGGAACGUCGAAUGCUGGUAACAGGAAGAGAGAAGGUACCCAUCAAUAUUUAACAGGUAACAAACAGACAAGGUUUCAAGGGAAUGGAUACAAAACAGGUUACCGAUGGAGGGGAUAAGCCACAAGGAAUGACAGAUUUGCUUUUGCGUAGAAGGCCUUUUGUUCAGGGGAAAACAGAUAUAGGGCUGAAACUUCUCAGCAUCAAAUGAAGCAGUAUUUUGCAUAUGCCAACGAGAUUUGACAUUUUUGUUUUGUUUGUAUUUCUUGUCUUAUAAUGAUUCUCUUCCUGUACAAUUCAUAUAACACCAGAACAAGACAACAUGAUUAAUUGUCAGUUGGCAUUCACAACCACAAAUGAUACACGAAAUUUUUUGACUUGCGUCAUCUCUACUCUGUAAUAGAACAUACAUCCUUUAUUAGUCCAGUUUAUUUAUUUGAGCUUGUGCCUUUUUCCCUAA